CCUUUCUCCCCACCCCUCCACUCCUCUAACAACUCACCUUUUGGCUAUCAGUCUUGUAACCCAUCACCCUUUGCAUUCUAAAGAACCAAAAAUGGUUAGAUUCGGAGGCGUUGUGGUUUGUCUUUUGAUAGUGGCCAUGGAUGUUGGAGCAGGCAUCCUUGGCAUCCAAGCUGAAGCAGCACAAAAAAGGUCCCUUGAACUGAGGCUGUGGAUAUUUGAGUGCAGAGACCCCAGCCGUGAUGCUUUCAAGCUAGCGUUGGGUGCAGCGGCGUUGCUGACUCUAGCCCAUGUUAUUGCUAACCUGCUCGGCGGGUGCAUGUGUGUUUGUUCUCAGCAAGAGUUCCACAGAUCUUCCACUAAUACGCAACUCUCGGUCACAUGUCUCAUCUUCACUUGGAUAAUAUUAGUGGUGGGAUUGUCGACGCUGGUGAUAGGGAUUCUAUCAAACGAGAAGUCCAAGGCGUCGUGUGGCCUGACGCACCACCAUUUCCUGUCGAUCGGAGGGAUAUUGUGUUUUGUUCACGGGCUGUUUUCGGUUGCAUAUUACGUUUCUGCCACUGCAGCUAGUGAGGGAAAGUAAGAAAUGUCAUCUCUGUAAAGCAACUUUUUAAAUUUAUUUUAUAAACCCACAACUUUAAUGAUGUGUCACUUUCGUCCUACACGUAAAAACAUUUGUAAAAUCAUCUUUUGAUGCCACUAUUAAUGACCGCUGAUAUUGCUAAAAGCUUCUUCGUCUUU